UUGGAGAUGGCGGUGGCGGCGGCGCCCGGCCCAGCCAUGAGGCUGACCCGGACGGCUGUGCUGGUCCGGACCAAGGCCGCCGCCCUCGAUUGCGUUCGCCGCCUCAACUGCUGGGGCAGCCACCUGACUGAUAUAUCAAUCUGCCGGGAUUUGCCCAACGUCGAGGUGAUCACGUUCAGUGUAAAUGGCAUCUCAGACCUUGAGCCACUGCAUCAGUGCCAGAAUCUGACUGAACUCUAUCUGAGGAAGAACAACAUUACAAGCCUAAAUGAACUCUUCUACCUCAAAAACCUCCCCCGGCUGCGAGUCCUGUGGCUGUCUGAAAAUCCUUGUUGUGGGUCAGAUCCCUACCGCUACCGAAUGACUGUGCUGCGUAACCUACCCAGCCUGCAGAAGCUUGAUAACCAAGCUGUGACAGAGGAAGAACUGUCCCAGGCCCUGGUUGAUGGGGAGGAGAUCACAGCCCCACCAGCCAGGAAAAACGUGGAGAAUGGCUGCCCUGAGUCCACUGAAUCCAUUGCUGCUGAAUCCACAAGCAAGACCGAGAGUGAACUGCUCAAUUUCAGUCUGGAGGAGACAAACAAAAUUCGAGAGGAGCUUGGUAUGAAGCCUGUUCCCAGGGACAAAUUUUCCUCCUUUUCACCUCAAGAGACAGACUGCAACCGAAAGAAGAGAAACAAUGUCCUGAAUGCUAUCCUGCUUCUCACCAACGAACUGGACACGGAAGGUCUGGAGAUCGUCCAGCAGACGGUGGGGAGGAGGCUCCAGGCGUCUCAGAAGAAGGAGCUGUAAGGAGGAGUGAUGGUGCCUGUGACAAACCCCCCUGCAGCACCAGCCCCGCAGCACCCUCCUGUCUCACACAUGCCUGGCUGCAACCUGGUGUUCCCCACUGCUCUUCCCCUGCAGAGUGGCUGGGAUGGGCUGCUGCUGGCUGCCCCUGGGACUCCUGACAUUGCUACCCCAGGGCUGACUCUUGAGGGCUUUCCUGCUGAUGUAGCAGGCUCCUUAAUACUGUGUGUUGCUGGGGUUGGGUGAUGGGAGCUGCAGGGGAAGCAGCAAAGCCCAAGUGAGCAAGGCUGCAGGGAGAGUAGUGCUGCUGGGCUGCGUGAUGGAAGGGGGAUGGCAGAGCCUGCUGACCUCUAGAAAGGUGGCUCCCUGUCAGACAAACCCUCAGCCAGUCUGUGUGGAGCAGACUGCUGAGGGCAGUUUCUACUGCAAAGAUUUGUUUUUGUGAAGUCUCUGUCGGGAAGAUGCUGCCUGAAAUGGUCACCAAGAACUGUCUUGUGGCAAAUGUGAAGGUCAAUGUCAAAUUCUUAAUUUGUCUUCAAUUCCCGACUACUUCUGGGCCUUGUUAGUUCAUGCAGCAUAUGACUUGGCAGUCUGGUGGCCCAAAAAAAAUCCCAGUGCAGCCUAGGUGAAACUGAAAUGACUCUCUUGCAGAUCUGAAUGCUCAGCUUUACUGCUCAGGCCCCCAUGCCCCUGCAGGCAUUAGAGCAGCUUAAGGAAAUUAAGUUGCACUUAAGUCAAAAGCCUCUGUGUGUUUUGCAGCUGGGAGAAAAAAAGCCAAGCAUUUACAGAGGCAUCAGGAGUGAUGUUUCUCUUUAACUGAGAAAGCUGCAUUUCCUGAGAUUUUAUAGAGCCAUUUAAAUACUAAGAAGUUGUGACAUACCAAAUAAAGGCAGUUAUCCCCCUG